AUGAAGUUUACUGCCACACUGACCACUACCAUUGUUGCCGCCCUCGCUCUCGGACAAACCGUGUCAGCUCAAAAUGUAACCGAGUGUGCUGUUGCCGGGAUUUUUAACCAAUGUCUCCAAAACGAAGAUACUUAUAUCAAGACCUGUAUUGUCACAGAUUAUGCAUGCUUGUGUCGAUGGCAUACAGUAAAACUCUCUUGCUGGAACAACUGUCCUAACGAACCUGGAAGAGCCACACAGCAAAGUUUGACUACCAGUCAUUGUGCUAUGCCUGGUGCCAAUGCUACAUCUAUCUGGAGCAGCUGGACGCCCCCCACUUCUGCAGUCACCAUAAUUCCCAGUACCACUGCUUCCCCAUCUGCCUCUGCAUCAGCUACCCCUACUGUCGCAAAGUCGGCCGCCAGUACCUUGACAGUCCAACAGGGCCUUUUUGCUAUCGGUGCCUUGGCUGCCUACAUGGUCCUCUAA